UUGAAAAGUUCUUGAUCGUAAACCACAAAUAUCUUGUAUGGAUUUUGACGCUUAAUAUGGCAGAGACGAAUAUGUUCUUUAGGCCUACUGAGAAAGAAGAACAAGAUACAGAGUUUGUGGGUAUAAGUCUCCGGACAUGGACAGUGAUCGGUCCCCUCGUCCUAUUGCUGGCCACUCUCAAAAGUUCGCUGUUUGAUGAAGAGGCCUGGAGUGUAUAUGAGUACCGCGUGAUCGGAUACGUCGCCGAGUUUUGCCUCGUUGUGACGUUGUGCUUCACACUCUACAGGAUCGCCCAGGUGUGGUAUCUCCGGAAGUACAAACUGACAAUUAUAACUAUACCGGAAGUGCAAUUUGAGGAAGAACAACCAACAGGUAACUGUGAAUAUGAACCAGAAGUGAAGCCAGCGGUCGCGUGCCAGACUGACACGCGCAAUUAUGCGGAGGAGGUGGAAAGGAUGAAAACACGACAUAGCAAGGAAAUCCGAACUAUCAACCGAGAGAUCCGGAUGAUGCGAAGACGGUACUCGGAAAAACUGUCGACGGCCCGCGAUCUGGUGAGGGAGACGGAUGCCCGCCUGUCUAGUCUACAGCUCAAGGUUCCUCAGCUCCUUAAAGAAAAGUCAUCCCUGGAGGACGAGAAGGAGGCGAUAGAGAAACAACUCCAGGAGGAACGAUUACGUCAACAGGAACUUAUGUCAAAGUUCAACAAACUCCACAACCAAAUGGCUCACCCAAAUUUGGCAAACCGAAUCUACAACAGCUAUCUUUGAAAAUGGACAUACUUGUACAUAGAACCUCCUCGGGUUAAUCUUAACUGCCAAUAAUAGACGACGUCAUGGCCAGCAGAAACUCCUAUGACCCCCAACAAAGAAUGAAACUAACACUCAAGCACGAACUUCAGGUUAGCAGUAACUGCUGAAACUAUCUCUAAGGCACAAUCUAAUUAAAAUCAUAUCCUAAUUCCCGUUUCUCUACGAUACUCUGAACGGGAAUUAGGAUCUGAUUUUAAUUAGACCGUCUAAAAGACAACAUCGUGGUUAACAGGGAUCAUCAUAACCACCGUAAAAGGGAGGUACAGAGCCUAGCAUGGACUACCAUAGCAACCCAUAAAGAAAAAUAUAGAGCCUAGCAGGGACUACCAUAGCAACCCCUAAAGGAAGGUAUAGAGCCUUGCAGUCUGUACAUAGUAAAUACAAUCUGUACAUAGUAAAUACAAUAUGUACAAAGUAAUACAAUCUGUACAUAGUAAAUACAAUCUGUACAUAAUAAAUACAAUCUGUACAUAUUAUUUUCAUAAGGUUACAGCAGCAUUCAAAGGAGUGUAACAUCACUGUGAGCGAAGGAUACACUGACAUGUGUUAGUGUAAUUUUAAUUUAAUACUCUAUUUCAAAUUUAAUUUGCUUUAUAAAUGCACAUUGCUAAACUUUGAGUUAUAGUUUUGUUCUCCGAUGAAAUAAGUUCUACAAAUUUUACAUAUUUGGUCGGAUUAAGUAUCUUAUGUAUAAAUAUUUUGACCUAUUUUUAGAGUAUAAUGGCCAUUCCAUAAUAAAAUGGUAUUCAUCUUCAGCCUGAGCACAUGUAAUACAGAACCGUAAGUAUGACGUCGUGAAUGUAGAACGAGGCUUUUAAAUCUUACACUCGAGUUGACAUUUCUCCGCCUACAACACGCUGGAGUGGUAAAUGAUCUAUAUAAUACCUUUCUUUCAUACCUGCUAAUUGCGAAAUAUAUACGUGCUUGAAAAUAGGUACAAGAAAUGUUUAUUACAUGUACAUGCAUUAAUCAGUAAAAUCAUACAGUUUCCACAAGAA